CCUCUUGCUGCCUCACGCACUCGCCACCCCAGGCCCUGCCCGCCCAGCUCCGCCAGCUCCGCUAUGCCCCAAUUCUCCAACCCCUACGCCGCCACCAGCGACCAAGACCUCCUCUCCGAAGCCUUUGCCCGCGGCGAGGACGCGCGCGAUCCUCUGAGCAAGCUCCGCGCCGAGUUUGUGAUCCCAACAAAGGGUGACCUGCGCAACCAAAGAUAUGGCCCCGCGGAAAACGCUACCGUGAGUGCAGGCCAUGUCUCGCGCGACGACGACCACGACGAGUCCAUAUAUCUGUGUGGAAACUCGCUCGGCUUGCAGCCCCGUCGUACGCGCGAGUAUGUAAACCGUUAUCUCGACACUUGGGCCUCCAAAGGCGUCUUCGGCCACUUCAAGCCACUCCAAGGCGGGCUGCCACCAUGGCUGGACCUCGACGAUGCCCUCAAGGAGCAGACGGCCACGAUCGUCGGAGCGCUUCCCAGCGAGGUCGUUGUUAUGGAGACACUGACGGCCAAUCUGCACCUGCUCAUGUCGAGCUUUUACAAGCCUACCUCAGAACGGUACAAGAUCAUCAUCGAAGGAAAAGCCUUCCCCAGUGACCACUACGCCGCUCAGUCGCAGCUCGCCCACCACGGCAUCCCCUCGUCCGCCCUCAUCACCAUCACGCCACCCUCCGACGACUCUCCCUACCUCACCACCGAGCAUAUCCUCUCCGUCAUCUCCCAACACAAUGCCACCACCGCUCUCGUCCUCCUUCCGGGCAUUCAGUUCUACUCGGGCCAGUUCUUCGAUAUCGAGCUGAUAACGCGCCACUGCCACAGCCUGGGCAUAAUCGUUGGCUGGGACCUUGCGCAUGCAGUCGGCAACGUGCCUGUCAAGCUGCACGACUGGAACGUCGACUUCGCCGCGUGGUGCAACUACAAGUACAUGAACGGCGGGCCCGGUGUCAUCGGUGGGCUGUUCGUCCACGAUAACCACGGCAAGGUCGAAAAGGCCCAGGUUGACGGCGACGCAGAGUACAACAACGACACACAGCUUCACUACCGCCCACGUCUGAGCGGCUGGUGGGGCAGCGAUAAGAGCAGCCGCUUCCGCAUGGAGAACAAGUUUGUUCCCAUCCCAGGUGCAAGCGGGUUCCAGCUUAGCAACCCCAGUGCUUUGGACAUGACGUCUGUUCUCGCCAGCCUAGAUGUCUUUUCCAUGACUUCCAUGGAAGCGCUCCGUGCGCGUAGUCUGCGCCUCACUGCAUAUCUUGAACAGCGACUCCUGCGGUAUGACAACAAGACACCGCCGUACAAGAUCAUCACUCCUGCCAACCCUGCUGAGCGCGGCGCACAGAUUAGUGUACUAUUGAACCCAGGCCUUCUCGACCAUGUUCUGCACUACAUCGAAGAACACGGCGUAGUCGUCGACGAGCGGAAGCCAGACGUCUUGCGCGUGGCACCUGCUCCGCUAUACAAUUCGUUCUGGGACGUGCAUCGCUUCAUUGAAAUUUUCCAGGAAGGGUGCCGCAGAGCCAUUGUACAAAAGGGCAAAGCAUCUGCACAGACGCCUAACGGCGUUGCCUAAUUGUACCAUGGGAUACUGACUGUCAUAUCCGGUAUACACUAUUCCAGUAUGUUGUACAUGUAGGGCGGUAUCUGCGUAGUUUUCCCUGCGACUUUCUUCGUUUCUGUGACAUCACAUAUACCCUAGCAAAAGUUUCCGGUGGGAGAACACCGACCAUAAUUAUUGUUUAAUACAAACCUCGAAAAUACAUCUCGUACUCACCUCUCC